AUGAGACUCCUGUGGGCAUCCCUCUUCCUCGGCUGCCUGCUUAGCAGAAGCCAUGGUUUAUUGGAAGAUUCCAUUCAGAAAUCAGGCAUCAAAAGUGGAGGUGGUGGCCCAGGAUUGGAUACAGGAUUGCUGAGUGGUAAUAAAGGUGAAUACACUAAAUUGGGAGAUGCCAUCGGGAAAAUCCCAGCUCCGAUCCCUGCUGCUUCACCUGUCAAGGUCCCUGAGAUCAAUACAGACAUUGCGGGCCAACUUGAUCAACCUGAGAUGAAUAUUCCAGGAGACUUGGACACAAGUGGCAUUACCGGCCAAUUGUCAACACCUGUCCUCAACCACGACAUCCUGGCCCAAGAAGGGCUGUUGGGUGCUGUUAUUCUCAACAGCCAGAAUCUAGUCACAGAAAGAGAAAAACUACAAAUGCUACUCCUGGGUGGCAAAGUAUCAUUUGGUAUAAAAAAUGACCUUGUGGAGGCAGCAGGGACCUCAGCUGUGGAAGGCUUGGUCUGCAAAGGCUCCCUGGGUGGCCUUUGUGGCCAUGGGAGUCUCUCCGGCAUGAAUAAUGUUCUGAAGACCAUGAAUUCUGGGAAACUUGAUAGCUGGCUCAAUGUCACCCGCUUCGACAUUGUCCAUCUGUCAUGGAAGGUCUUUGCCUCAUCUGAUCUCGAAGUUAAAUUUCAGACCAAGUUGACUAUCAACUUCUCAGGGAUGCUCUCAUUUCUCAGUGGCGCCACAGUGGAUGUGAACAUUGAAAUCCCCUUGCAUUUGCAACAGGCUGAGCCUGGUCAAAUCUCAUUUUCCGUGAAGAGUUGCCAGACAGUAUUCACUGGGAUCCAAGUGAAUACAGGUGUAUUCUCCCCAAUGAUGGAAUCAAUGUUGAAAUGGUCCUUGAACAUCUCCUUGCCCAACAUAUUGUGCCCAGUGGUCCGAUUCUGGUUCAACAUCAUCAACCAACAGUUGGCCAUUCUCAGAAAUAUCGCCUCAUUAGGGGUGCCGGGGAACAGCAACUUGCUCAAUGCCUCGCAACCCAUGCUGUAUGAACGCACGUAUCACAUGGACUUUAAGAACAAAAGGUUCCCGGCUUCUUUCAUCAACUGGUUGAUUAAAAUGAUUCUGAGGGAUUCCUGA